UUUUACGUGCGGUUUCCUGCUUGUCAGUUGCAACGAAAAUGAGUUUCAACAUUCAAAAUACGGAGAAUACACCAAUAACGGCAGGCAAACACCUGAAAGUGAAACAGAUGAAAUGAAUGUGUGUUGAGAGGACAAUUCAAAACAAGACCUUAAAGAUGAUGGACACAUCCAAGACUCUGAAGUCCAGUCCCAUCCAGUAACCCCCCUGUUUAUUCUUAACUUUAAAGCUUUGCAUUGCCAUCAGAGUGCUGUGCCUCUACUCCUACUUCCAGGGCCCUAAUGAGCUCACAACUGGGAAGAUUGUAAACGCCAUGUCACAUCCACUGUAUAACCCCUAUGCCUCUGGGAACCAAAGCUCCACCCAGGGACAGGAUGGACCCUCUAGUACAGAGGUAGAGAGGGACCCUCAGAGGGAAAUUUCUUGCCUUGAAUCUGGCUCCAGCUUCAGCGCUCCUGGAGCUUCUGAGACUCCUGCCAACUCUUGGGGAACGCUAUCUUCGCUGUUGUCUCAGUCGAUGAACACAGAGAGGUCUCAAGACAUGAAUAUUUGCAUGGCCAAAGAGGAAGUGAGGCUUCUUGGCAAUCAUCAGAGCAUGGACCAGGACACUUACUUUAUCAGAACUCGAAGAAAUGAGUUUCUUUCCACAAGCAUGGGGAUGGUCUCCUACCAAAUGUCCUCAACCUCUGUCUCCCUAGGACAUGAACAGUUGGAGUAUGAAAGGGGCCGUGACUCCUGGUCAUCAAACUACAAAAGGCCCACUGAAGAUGACCCCUCUAAAUUUUAUUCAUCAUCUGCUUCAUCUAACUUUGCAGACAGUGGUAAUGUGAGGACUGAUGCCUUUAGUGAAACAGAAAAGUCCAUUCCAGGGUUACGUGAUUCUGACAAUCCCGUGCCUGACAAAACUGAGGCACCUACAGAGCCCAGCACACCUGAGCAUGCUCCUAAAUCACUUUCUAAAGUCCUUAACUACUUUGGGCUUAAAGAAGAGGACUUGGACUAUCUCAUGCCCUUACAAGACCAGAUCACAAUUGAUACCCUGCCAAAGAUCUUGCAGCAAAUGCAAAUUGAGAAGUCCAAGAGAGCUACAACUGCUGUGCAGUCAGAAUCCUGCCCCGAACCCCAACCAACCAAAAGUGUGAGUGAAAUGAAGAGACACAGUUUUAGUAGUUCUGGAGGGGCAGGGAUUCGCCAGGAGGAAAUGUCAUCAGCUGUUCUACAGCCGAGUAAAGUGAUUGAUUAUGGACAAUCUGAUGAACAAACUGGAGGAGCAGGGGAUGAGACUGGACAGACUAGUGGCAUUAGAGCCAACAGCAAUGGGAGUAUAAGUGUGUCGCUGAUGGACACUUGUGAUAGCAGAGGCAGUCAAGAACAACUGAAAGAAGAUACAACAGAGGUGAAAAGCAGUGCUUUGGGUUCUUCAUGUGACCAGUCUAGUUCUGUUUCCAAUCUCAGUUCAGCACUGAGCUCUGUGGCUCCUCCAAGCAAUGAUCAGACCAAACAAUGGCAGACCCAACCAAACCAGACAUCCCAAACAUUUCCUAGCUCUUUCUCUCUACCAAAUAAAGACACAGACACGGGAGUUUGCAAGUCUGAACCACCCAAACCAGUUCCUUUAAAAGAACCAGAGGCACAUCACCAGUUAACAUUGAAAUCCCAGCCACCCUGUACUCUGUAUCAUGUUGGGCAUCCCAGUCAACCUGACAUUGUGCUCUUUAACAGUAAUAACACCGGAGGCACUAAAGAUGAGAAUAAAACUCAAGAACAGUCAGCAGUUGCUGAGCAGAUGAAAAAGCAGCAACCAGCGCAGCCCAUGCAGCAAAAAUCGAUGCAGCAGAUCAAGCUGCAACAGAAGCAGCCAGUAUGGCAGACGGUGCAAGCACCUCCAGUUAUGUAUGCUGCAAAAUCAGUCCCCCCUGCACCUCACAUCCCCGGCACCACUGAUGCAAUCCCAAGCACUUUGUCUCUGCCAGAUAAAGACAAAUACAUAACUGUUUUUAAGUCUGAAGCCCCCAAACCUAUUCCUUUGAAAGAACAAGCGGCAGAACACCAGUUAACAACAAAAACGCAGCCACCAUCUACUCCGUAUUGCAUUGGGCAUCCCAGCCGACCUGGCAUUGUGCUCUUGGACAUUGAUUACACCAAAGGCACUAAGACUCAGAGUAAAACUCAAGGACAAGGGUCAGCAGUUGUUGAGCAGAUGAAAAAUCAGCAGACACAGCAACAAUCAGAGCAGGAGAAGGAGCAGCACCAGAAAAAAAUGUGGCCUCCACUUGUUUCAGCUGUAAAAUCAGAGUCCCUUGCUUCACACAAACCCAGCGUCACUGAUGCCAUGCAACAUCCAGAGUUUGUCCCAGGCGUUCUUCCAACGGUGCCACCUUCCAACAGGCUUCCUCUGGCAGAGGUGGCAGUCUCCAAGGGUCUGCCAACAGCUAUGAUGCAUGACUUUACAACUACCACGCCGAAAGUCAUUUUCGUUACGAUGAAUGAUUGGGCCUCCCACCAGGACUCCAUCCUUCAUCAUGAGAACUGCAGACUUCUCUUUAAAAGUUUAUGGAAACCAGAAGCAGGACCAAGUCAUUGUGAUGCAAGUUACAAUGCUGCAGGUAAAGAUGCCAAGCCCUCAACCUCAGCCUCCCCACAGACUUCCCAGCAACCUCAACAGAAGCAUGGAAGCUGCUCUUGUUCACUCUCGCCCAGCCCCCGUCACCAUCAUGGCUCAGAGGGUAAAAGGGAGAAACGCAGAAGCAGAUCACUCUCGCCAUGCCACGUCAUUCGCAGGUCAUUUUCUCCUUCCCCGAGGAAAUAUUGCUCUACGUGCUCCCGCAGUCGGUCAAACUCAAGGAGCCCUGAAAGACAUUCGCCCCCAAUGAGGAGAGACGAGAGACGGUCCUCACCAAGGAGGAGAGACAAUAGACGAUCAUCUCCAAGGAGGAGAGACAAUAGACGAUCAUCUCCAAGAAGGAGAGACAAUAGACAAUCACCUUCAAGGAGGAGAGUUCAGAGAAGAUCCCCAAGAAGGAAGAGUGGCAAGAGCCAAUCUCCAUCAAGUAGUAGUAACGAAAGACAAUGGCCUUCAAGAAGUAGUGACGAGAGACAAUCCCCACCAAGGAGGAGAGAAAGAUCAUCACCAAGAAGGAGAGUUCAGAGAAUAUCCCCACAAAGGAGGAGUGACGAGAAACAAUUGUCAUCAAGAAAUACUGACAAGAGACGAUCACCUUCAAGGAGUAGUGACAAGAGACAAUCCCCACCAAGGAGGAAAGAUCAGAGAAGAUCCCCACGAAGGAGUGAUGAGAAACAACUCCCAUCAAGAAAUACUGAUGAGAGACAAUUACCUUCAGGGAGUAGUGACGAGAGACAAUCGUCAUCGAAGACGAAAGAUCGGAGACAAUCACCACCAAGGAGGAAAGAUCAGAGAAGAUCUCCUCAAAGGAGAAGUGACACGAAACAAUCAGCAUCAAGGAGUAGUGACGAGAGUCUGUCCCCUCAGCGAAAGAAGUUAGGAAGCACAGAGAUGGCUAUGCGACUAAUAGAAACACCAGCUGUCCAGUCUCUGUCAAAAAAAACUGACCUGGAGUUGGUUAAAGUUCUGGUUCCCACAUUACUGGCCGAGAUAGACAAGAUACAGUCUUCAUCAUCAUCAUCUUCCUCUUCCUCCUCCCGUUCCAAAGGAGUAAAGCCCUCCUCAUCUUCUACUCAGUCUUCCUCAUCCCUUUCCUCUCCAGCAAGGAAGGAAGAGCCCUCAAAAGUGAAACCUAGUCCGCAGGAGAGUGAGGCAAGUUCAUCCACAAAGAUAAAGAAGGCUAUUUUUAAGGAGCAAAAGAUGGCUUCACAGAAUAAAUCUGCCAAAACCAGUGUCUCUUCACCCAAAACAACCACCACCGGGAAUGUUUCUCUCCCUCCACCGAACACUGAUUCACUGAAAGGGCAGACAAAGGCCACAAAAGGCAAAAUUACCAAUCAGAAAAGUGCAGUUAAAGGCUCCGUUAAGGGCCCAACAACUAAGAUUGAGGCAAAUGUUGUGGUUUCUGAUGUAGAUAUCUCAGCCAAGCGGAUUAACAAAAUGGGAGAAAAAAGAAAUUCGCCUGUGAAGAGAGCUGAGGGAAAAGCUGGUGAAAUGCAAGAAACAUCUUCAGGAUCCAAGUCCACAAUUCCAGAAAAUCAGUCUGAUGUAGACAUUUCCAAGCCUAAAGAAUCUGAAAAUGAGGUUCAAAAGGCUGUGCCGAAAGACAUAGCGAAGGUUGUUGUAAAUGCAAAUGUGCUGGAUGUUAAAACCAAAGAAUCUGAAGCUAAGGUUCAAGAAGCUGUCCGGAAAGACACAUCCAAAGUUUUGGUAAAUGCAAGUAUGACAGUUGUUGAGCCUAAAGUAUCCGAAACCAAAGUUCAAGAAGCUUUACCGAAAAACACAGACAAGGUUGUUGAACCUAAGCAUCAGGCAGAACUUGGCAAAAGUGGUAAUGCUAAAGGCACUGAACCAAUGGAGAUUGGAAAGGUGGGAGUUGAAGUGGCAGAGCACAUGGAUGAUGGAAGUUGUGCUGAGGGCCUACAAGAAAAACUGACAACUGCAGAAGCUAUACCAGAAAAUUUAGCAGACAAAUCCAGUGAGAGUCAAUCACCAGACAGUACAGUUGAGACUCAGCCAACAGACACCUCUGUCAAAGCUUUACCACACGUCCAGCAAAGCAUCCUGUUGGAACCAGAGUCCACUGCACAAGGACCAGAGAUCAAGACGGAGACUUCAUACAUCCAACAGAAGGCUGCAGGAAGACCGACUGACGCUAACCCAGAUGCAACCGAUGUUGCUGAAAAUGCAAAUAUGAAAGUUGUUGUACCAAAAGAAUCUGAAUCAAAUAUUCAAGAAGCUGUGCUAAAAGUGACAGCCAAGGUUGUUGAAAAAGCAAAUGUGACAGUUGUUGAAUCUAAAGAUUCUGAAACUGAGGCUCAAGAGGCUGAGUUGGAAGACAUAUCCAAGGUUUUCGAACCUAAGUAUCAGGCAGUACUUUGCAAAGCCAAUAACACUGAAAACUCUGACCAAAGGGAGAUUGGGGGAAUGGGAUUUGAAAUGGCAGAGCCCAUGGACAUUGCAGUUUGUGCUGUGGGAAAGCCAAAAAUGUCCUCAGGAUCCAAGUCCACGACUCCAGAAAAACAGCCUGAAGUAGACGAUUCCAAGCCAAACGAAUCUGAAACAAAGGUUCAAAAAUCUGUGCCAAAAGAUGCAACUACAGUUGCUGAAAAGGCAAGUGUGACACUUGCUGAACCUAAAGAAUUUGAAACCAAAGUCCAAGGAGCUGUGCCGAAGGACACAGUCAAGGGUGUUGAAAAGACAAAUAUGACAGUUGUUGAACCUAAAGUAUCUGAAACCAAAGUUCAAGAAGCUGUACCAAAAGAAACAGUCAAGGUUGUUGAACCUCAGCAUAAGGUGGAACUUGACAAAGCUUUUCACCCUGGAGAUAAUGAACCAAUGGAGACUGGGGAAAUGGGAGUUGAAGUGGCCCAGUGCACGGAUGUUGGAAGUUAUGCUGAGGGCCAAGGAGAAAAACCGACAACUUUAGAGGCUAUACCAGAAAAUUCAGCAGACGAAUCCAGUGAGAGUCAACAACCAGACUGUACAGUUGAGACCCAGCCAACAGAGACAUCUGUUGAAGCUUUACCACAAGUCCAGCAAAGCACCCUGUCAGAACCAGAGUCCACUGCACCAGGACCAGAGACCAAGACGUGGGCUUCAUACAGUCAACAGCAGGCUGCAGGAAUCUCGACUGAAGCCAUUUUGAAGGCAAAGCUACCAGAUCAAAGAGUGGAAACCAGAACAAUGCGAGUUCCUGUGACUGCAGUGAUGACAAAACCAGAUGCAGCAUCAGUCAAGGAUGCCUCCGAACGCAACAAAGUUAUCUGUCUGACUAAAGGGGAGAUGUUAGAAAAGUACUUGCAUCCUUCCCAAAUAGAAUGCCUCAAGAUAAAAACCUGUUUAUCGUCACAGUUUAAGUCACACAAUACGCCGCUGUUGCUCAUAACCAACCUGCCGGAGUAUUACGAAGGCUGCUACACAGAGGACGACCUCGCUGCACUGUUCAUGCCAUUUGGGUUUCAGUAUGAAGAUGAAAACAUCUACGUUUUUCCUCAGCUGUGCAUGGCCUUCGUCAUUAUGCCGAGAAUGAAGAACGUGCUCAGCACACUCAAAGCCUCCGUCCAGACGGGCAUCGUUUUCAAAGAGUCUACACUCGGUGUCAAUGUAGUCGCCAACCUCAGCGAGAUGUCACCGCUUGGAUUUUAUACAUGGUUAAUGAAGCAUGUUAAAUAUAAUAGACGUGAUGAAACUGGAGCGCAAACCGUCUGCAUCAAGAACAUUUCGUGGAGUGAGACCAAGCAGCUCAAAGAAAUUUUGAAUAAAAUCCAAUCUGUCAUAAACUACCUGCCUCUCCUCAACAAGGUGUUUGUACAGUUUCAGUCCAUUGUUGACGCUGAUCGGCUCGGAGUUUGGUACAGUCUCCUGAAACAAGCCCCUUGCCACAUCGUCUACAGGCUGGCCGCACCGCGCAGCAACACCAGCUGUUUGUUUUUACCAAAACUUCCUGCUAAUGCUGUACCGGACAGCAAGGAUGCCGUCACGGGUGCAACUGUCCUGCCAACAGAUAUUCUCGUUCCGUCGUGCAGCUACGGACCAUUUUGGGUCACGUUGAGGGUUCGUCCCUUCGUGUUUCCAACCAGGUGUCCGUGGUUCAUCAUUCCAGAUUACCUGACAAUCCAAGACGAGAACGACAUCGAGAAGGCCUAUUUUGGAGGUCCCAAGCUCCCUACGAUCAUGCUGACCGGUUUGCCCAAGGGAGAGUACAGGCACGAGGAAGUGGUCAGGCUGGUGUGGCGGUAUUUCCCCAAACAGAAUAUUUACUCUCUGUACUACAACGUGGUGGUGUUACCGCUGCAGAGGAGGGCUUUUGUGUUUUUCCCUGAUUGGGCAGCAUGCGGCAGUUUCAUCGAAGAUCACAUCCAAAGACCAGUUACCGUCAAAGGCUGCCUGCUCAGCGUUCACUGCGUCUUGAAACCCAUGCAUCCCGAGUUCAGUGAGGCGUUGAUGUACAAAACUCUGAUGAAGCUGAGCAACGCUGGAGUUCCAGAGCAGAUCCUCCUGGAGGAUCGGUUGCUGUGCGUGGAGAUUUCCGAAGCGUCUCUGGACGUCAUCAGGGUGGUCGUAGAUGCGGUGAUGUCCAUCGACACCUUUGUUGGCUUUCUGCCGCUCGCCAACAGGAUAUGCAUCGAGAUGGCCGACUCCAGCGGUGUGACCAGGGUGGUGGAGAAAUACAAAACUUUCUCACCGGACUCUUUUCAAAAGGGCACAACUUGGAGAAAAGUUAAACGUUUCGAGAGUUCGAAGAGCCUUAAACGGCGUCUGCAACUUUGUAGCAAGACCACAAUAAACUUUGGACCAAACUACAUCUCUUACACAACCAACACGCCAGCCGUGAAAAGUCAAACCCAGCCUCCUCCUCUCUCUGAACUGUCACAAAAUGGUUCAAAACCUGCUCUGCAAAGCAGCGUCCCCGGUGAAUCCACGGUUUCUGAGCCCGUCACUGCAGGGCCGAGUGCUGCAGCUGCGCGUGAUGUAGCAACGAAGGAGGACGGGGAGAAAAGAGGAACUGAGAUCGCUGUAGACUCCACUUUUGGUCCUGAGGCAACUGAAGACGUAGAAAAAGCACAAGUGAAAGAGGGGCCACCAACAUCUUUGACCUCUGCUGCUGAUGUGACCUCUGAGGUCAGCAGUGGAAACUCGGCCCCUGCUGCUUCCAGUUCAACCCGCUCAGCCACAGCAAUCCCGCCUGGAGGACGCUUUCCAAAACCUCCUCGGAUGGACGCCGACCAGGUCAUCGUGGCCGCAGUUCGCAACUACAGACUCCAGAGCGAGGAGAACAAAGGUCAGGAUCAUUAUUCUACAGAUGAAAAUGUUUCAUCAGACCUCAACAAGGAUGACUCAGUUGUCUUUGAGGAACAAGGUGAUAAAGCGGGAGACACAAGCCCUGAGCCUCAUAGCUCGUCCUCCUCCGAGCAGUCCUCCAGAGCAAGAGGAGGGAGGUUAAGCUCCAUUGUGUCGUCCUCUGGCAGACAGACCUCAACAAGGUCUCCAAGAGACUCUAAAAACUCACCUAAGUCAUCAAAAAGCUCGAGUUCUCCUUGCUCUGAGCCCAACAAAUGCCCUACAAAACCCUCGUCCUCUGUCUCUGUUGAUCAUCAAACAGAUCAACAGAUGCACGACCAAGACAACAGCUGCGAAGCUCAACGAACUGGACCUGAGGAAGGCCACACUUUGAACAAGGAAAGCUUUCAGGUCUUGGACAGUGUUGACCAUAAAGACAGUGCCAGCCCAGAUGAGUCCAGUGAAAUGAACAGUUCCUUCCAAGUUUUAGACGGUGUUACCAAAGACCAAGCAGCUACAGGUCAGCCGUACAGUCACCUGGUCCAAGACGAUGGUUUCACAGUAAAGCAACUUUCUGAGGAAGAUGCAACUUCGACAGGUGCCAAAUCUGAUUCGGAGGGUAAAGGUCAAGAGACAUAUAGUGUAGAUACACAUAGUGAACAAGAACCGACGGACAAGGGAGAAGAAGACACAAGGCCAAAGGACGAAGACAAAUCUCAGGUAAUUGAUUCUUUAGAAGAUCAACAAACGACUACAAAGACUGAGUCAGAGCCUGGUAUGAAGAGAAAAGGAAACACAAGAAGGCAAGUAGAUUCUGUUGAAGGAGAACUGGUUCAAGAUGCUGCCAUAGCAGAAAGUUUUGGUAGAAGAAGGAGCGCAAGAGGAAAGAAUAAGGAUGACACUGCCAACGAUAAACCAACCGUCACAACAAGAUCUACCGGAGGAAAAAGGGAAAUAACAGCGAAGAAAGAUACCUCCAAUGAGAGAACAAAAAGGGAGGACAUGCCAGCAUUGAGGCAAACCCCUGCCAGAAAGCAAAACAUGGAAAAAGCAUCAAAGAAGGAGGAGAAAACUCCUUCAAAGGGGAGCACGCUGUCAAAGAGGAGUGACAGUGUUGUAAAAGAGGAGGGUGCUACGAAUAAGUUAUUGGACUCCGCGGAGGAAGCCGCUGUCAAGGAUGAUCAGCCUGCUUCAAGAAGAAAAGGACAAAGGGGAAGACCAAAGAAAGAAGUUAAAACAUCUGAAAGUGCAUCAGUGAAGAAGGGUGACAAUAACGCAACUGAAAAAGUGGCCGAUAAAGACGAUCACGUUCUUGACUCUGUGGAGGACGAGAUGGUUGAUGAUCAGCAUCUCACAGCACAGAAGAUGCAGAGGAACCGGAGCAGCAGCAGAGGAGGAGGCAGUGGUGGUGAAACGGAGAAAACCUCGAGAUGCACCAAACGCAAACACAAUGAUGAUACAGUUUUAGAAGAAAGUAUGACAGUAGACGAAGUGGAAGACGAAAAGGAAGGGGUAAAAACUAGGACAAGAGGACGACCCAACAAGAGAACCAAACAGACCCCCGUGAGAAAAUCUACCAGAUUGAAACAAGCGACUGUAAAAGAAAAUGAACCAGUUGGCACUGAAGCACUGCCUCCCUCUUCGGUCAAUGUCUGCUCAUCAGCGCACAAACAUCUGUCUACGUUGUCAAGCGACGGCCAGCCAGAGAUACAGAAGACUGAGGUGGAAUCAGCGAGCCAAGCUGACGUUGAUGUGGCCUCUGCAGGGCAGGAGCCCAAUCCGGAAAUCCCCGAGAGCCAGAAACUGGAGGGAUGUUUGGAGCAAGGAGAGGAGGAGAGGGAAGGAUGGAUCAGAGCGGACAUGAAAGUUGCGAGUAAAUGGAGGAGGGAGCCGCUUAGACGUGAAGCGAAGCGAUCUCGUUGUCAGUCUCCUUGUGAUGCCGCCGCUGUCAAACCCAGCGACCUUCUCGGUCAGGAGUUUGUCGUCUUCAAAUCAGGGUAUUUCUGUAAUCUCUGCCGUGUUUUCUGGCCGAACGAGAGCACCGCCAAGAACCUCCACUGCAGCAGCCAGAGACACCACGACAACCUGCAGGUACACAAAAAAACAUACACAAAAAUACACAAAAAAAAACACAUAGUUGGUCUUACACUGUUUGUGUUCUCCCUUUUCUAUUUUUUUUCCAGAAAUAUUACCAGAAGCUUCAACAGGAAUUUGUGUAUGGUCUUGACCCAGUUCUUACUGGUCUCUGAUGGUUUAGCAGGGUGGGCCUGCAGCUGGAUGUGCUGCUGUGACGAGUUUAUCAAACUGCGCACGUUUAUUUUCAUGCGCAUCCUAUGA